AUUAUAUUUGCUCACUUAACUCAACCUCAGCUGUCUUGCUAUAAAUUCACAAAACAAAAACCCACCUUUUCCAACCAACUCAUUUCUUUGUUUCUUUUCAUUCUUCUCCAUUUUUAUCAACUUCUAUUCCAUACCAUUUACUUCUUCCUUGAUUGCCUAUAGCUACUUCUAUAUUUAUACAACUAAAUUAAUAAACCAUGAAGCUCACACACUCCAUGUUUGUUGUGAGUUUGACUCUCUUCAUAGCCACCACUUUCUCAUCAGAUCCUGACUCUCUUCAAGACCUUUGUGUCGCUGACCUUGCCUCAGGUGUGACAGUGAACGGAUUCAGUUGCAAAGAGGCAUCCAAGGUAAAUGCCUCUGAUUUCUUCACCAAUAUACUAGCCAAACCAGGAUCCACCAAUACCACAUUUGGCUCAGUUGUGACUGGAGCCAAUGUUCAGAAAAUCCCAGGACUCAACACUCUUAGUGUCUCUCUGUCAAGGAUUGACUAUGCCCCAGAUGGCCUCAACCCACCUCAUACUCACCCACGUGCCACUGAGGUGGUGUUUGUUCUUGAAGGGCAACUAGAUGUAGGGUUCAUAACCACAACAAAUGUGCUUAUAUCAAAAACCAUUAGCAAAGGUGACAUUUUUGUGUUCCCAAAAGGCUUGGUUCACUUCCAAAAGAACAACGGCAAUGUACCUGCUGCAGUUCUUUCAGCCUUCAACAGCCAACUUCCAGGCACACAGUCCAUUGCUACUACCUUGUUUGCAGCCACGCCUUCUCUUCCAGACAACGUGUUGACCAAGACAUUCCAGGUGGGUACCAAGGAGGUUGAGAAAAUCAAGUCUAGGCUUGCACCCAAGAAGUAAAAUUAUCAUGGUUCUGUGGUUGUUUUAUCAAUGUGAAUUAUUCUUCUUUUAAACUGUCUCUUUACAAAUCAUGUUGGGAGCAUUCAUUUGUAUAAUAAUUGAAAUUUGGAAGUAAGUUUGUUAAUCAAACCUGCAGCUAUCAUGAUGAUUCUCUUGACUUGUUAUUCCUGCCUUA